AUGAAUAUUUCAGGAAUUAAACAAAAAAGUUUUCAAGGUGAGAUUGAAGACAAGCUUGAUGGGGUAGUUCUCAGAGGAAUAAAAAUUGAAGUGAUUUGGAAAUCAAUCGAUGACAAAUUAUCUAAGGUCGUGAAAAAGCUUGAAGGAAUCACGAAGAAAGAAGAAUAUUUUGAUCAUUUAUGGGGAGAAGAAGCAACUCUUGAGAGACGAGACAUGAUGCUUCUUAAUGUGGGAUUGGAAGUUUACGACAAAUAUGAUUGA